GAUCAGGUUCAAUUUAAACAAUAUCUGUUUGCCAAAUACUCAUUACAUGAAUUUCCUCCAAGGGUUUUUUUUAUUAAAAAUCAUUAAAACAUGUAUACAUGAAUGUGAUUGAAAUAUUUUUAUGCUAUAGAUCUAUAUACAUUUUAUUUCUGCUGCCUUCACUGUGACUUGCUUAACCUUUGAUGCACGACUUGUUCUGAACUGUAUGUUCUCAGCCUCUACUUUCCUUUUUUUCUACUCUCAAUCUUUUCAAGAUAAUAAUUGUAUGAUAAAAAUGCCCAAACUUUUCAAGUUUGUAAAACUAUGUUUAAACAGCACUGCCUUUGAACACAAAACUCAUUUCAAUAUAAUAUGUUUUACGGCGUGACCGUGUUUGAGGGCAAAGCAAAAAAGUUUUGGCAUUAGUAUCUAUAUCCAAAACAGGACAAAAACAACUCGAAGUUAGCACGCGGACGGAGCUGUAUCAAAGCAUCCUGGACAUUUGAUCCGCCCAUAUAUUGAACGCGGGAAAUAUAACGCAAUUGAUGUCAACAGUACAUUGUGACGUCAUAUUCAGCGUUGUUAUUAAGCAAAUUUACAAACAUAGCGUUUGAACCACAACAACAAACAUGGCGUUAAUGGUGGAGUGAUUAUAUAUGAUUACGAAAAUAAGAUUUACAUGCUUUUACGGAUUUUAUGUAACAUCUCAGAAUGACGUGAACUAGGGUAGACGAGAUUCAAAAUGGAGGAAUACAUGUCCUCGCGCUAAUAUUCGAAUCGACGCCAUUGGUACCAAACUUUUCAAGUUCCAUAGAGGUACAUCAGACACACAGAUCUAAUGAAGCUCGAUAAAGAUCAGCUGGUGGAUUUAUACUAUACAUACAUCAUCCCUCUACCCCAGAGGACUUAUCGGAACAACCGGCGGGGCCGGGAGAUGACAAGAAGACAGAUAGCCCAGGCCAAAAAAAGAAAGAGCAGCUCAGUGGAGACAGGAAGCUCUGAUAAAAAGAAAAUGAAAAGUGCUGACAGUGAGUCCCGUUUUUUGACCCCUUACAACCUGCCAUUAUCUGGAGAGCGGAUCAAGCCACCCCCCUCUUGCAUUGACUUUGGAAAGAAAAAGAUCAAACUUGGAUCUGGCAGCAGUUCUACCAAAGAAAGAAUUUUGCCUGUUUCAUCAGAUGAAAAGACUACAUCACCUAUCAGAUUAAAAGAAAUUGCAGCAAGUUUGGAUGAAGUUCAUUCAGAAUUAUCUAAAGUAACAGAGCAAACAAAAUCUGCCAUCUUUCCAGAGAAGAAAAUUAUUAAGCUUAACAAUAAACGACCACAAACAGGCUGCAAAAUAAGUCAAACAACAAGUGAUGGUGUGCCAGAGAAAAAAAAUGACCAAGUGGAACCGGAGUGCAUGGAUACUUCAACAAAAAUCUCCACUAAAAAGACAUUUAAAGCAGCCAAGAUAUCAUGGCCAUAAGAUGGACAUUAAAGUAUUCAGUUGUUUUAAGCUAAAAUAUUGAAUGCAUUGGGGAAAUGGUGCACGUGUAUUUUAAAUUUGUAGGUGAUAAAGUAUGAUUAGUCAUGAUGGAUUGCAAUGUUUUUCAUAUAAGGAGGACAUAUUUGUAAAAACGGUAUGCAUAUGUAUGAAAUGUAACAUUCUGUGAAUGAAAUUUGAUCGCAUACAUCAACUUAUGAUGGAAAGUGCUUGCAAGACCC